GGGCGGUGACUGUGGCCAAAGGACAGGACCUUCAGCAGGAAGGAAACAUCGGAGGACAGAAUCACUGAAGGAAAGCAAUGAUGAACCUGAUUCCAAACAUUUCCAUGGAAAACUGGAUAUUCCUUGCUACCACCCUGGUGCUUCUCUACUUAUAUGCGACCUAUACACACGGAUCUUUUAAGAAAAUGGGAAUCCCUGGGCCCACGCCAUUACCUCUCGUGGGAAAUUUGCUGUCCUACAGAAAGGGCAUAUGGAAGUUUGAUCAAGAGUGUUUCAUUAAGUAUGGGAAAAUGUGGGGGAUAUAUGAGGGUCGACGGCCCAUGUUGGCCAUCACAGACCCAGACAUGAUCAAGGCAGUGCUGGUGAAGGAAUGUUAUUCUGCCUUCACAAACCGGCAGGUGUUUGGUCCUGUGAAAGACUGUAUGAAAAAAUCUCUUGCUUUGUGUAAAGAUGAAGAAUGGAAGAGAAAUCGAGUGCUGUUGUCUCCCACCUUCACCAGUGGAAGACUCAAGGAGAUGUUACCCAUCAUUCAAUGGUAUGGAGAUACAUUGGUUCAGACCUUGAGAGGAGAGGCAGAAAAAGGCAAGCCUGUCAACACAAAAGACAUGUUUGGAGCCUACAUCAUGGAUGUCACCACUGCUACUUUACUUGGAGUGAACAUCAAUUUCCUCAACAACCCAAAGGACCCAUUCAUGGAGAAAGUAAAGAAUACCUUCAUAUCAAAAGCUUUAAAUCCAUUCCUACUCUUAAGUGUACUCUUUCCACCUCUUGUCCCAAUAUAUGAGAUGUUGAAGACCUUCAUUUUACCAAAUGAUUCUCUGCAAUCUUUCAAACAAUUUGUAACAAGAAUAAAGAAAAGUCACCUUGAUUCUAGAAAAAAGGACAGAGAUUAUUUUCUUCAACUGAUUAUGAACACUCAGAAAUCCAAAGGGCCUUAUAGAGGUUUUUCUGAUGAGGAGAUUAUAACCCAAAUAGUUCUCUUUGUUAUGGCUAGUUAUGAAACAACAAGCAACAGCCUUUCCUUUCUGAUGCAUGUACUGGCCACUCACCCAGACAUUCAGAAGAAACUGCAAGAGGAGAUUGAUAGAGUUUUGCCUGCUAAGGCACCUGCCACCCAUGAUGCCCUGGUAGAGAUGGAGUAUCUGGAUAUGGUAGUCAAAGAAAAUCUCAGAUUAUAUCCAGUUGGUAACAGAAUUGUGAGGGUCUGUAAAAAAGAUGUUGAGGUCAAUGGUGUAUAUAUCCACAAAGGGACAAUCGUGAUGGUACCGACCUACUCUCUUCAGCAAGACCCACAGCACUGGCCAGAGCCUGAGAAGUUUUGUCCUGAAAGGUUUAGCAGGAAGAACAAGGACAGCAUCAAUCCUUACACAUACAUGCCCUUUGGAACUGGACCCAGGAGCUGCAUCGGCAUGAGGUUUGCUCUCUUGAGCAUGAAACUUGCUAUCGUCAGGAUCCUGCAGAACUUUUCCUUCCAAGUUUGCAAUGAAACACAGGUCCCCAUGAUACUUAGCAAGAAAACACUUCUGGCACCAGAAAAGCCUAUCAUACUAAAGGCUGUGUCAAGAGAUGGGAUUCAAACUGGAGCAUGAAUUUCCCUCACGAUGUCUGCCUAGUCAAUCAAGGAGGUGGCUGUGUCCCAGAAAAUUAGAGUUUGAUUUAGUUUUGAGUAAAACUGAGAUGACGAUGUACUUAUUAACCUACUGUCUUAGUGGAUGGUUAGCAUUUCAGAACAAGUACUGAGUUCUACCAACUGUAAGAUGUAAGGGAAAUGAUCAUCAAUGACAGACAUGGGGGCUCACUUCCCCUGGUUCUCAUGGGGCCACCUUCCUCCACCCCUGCUUAGCUCCAGCAUGUUAUCUUUUCAUGGUGUAAAUACGUUUCUGUAAUUUUAUCAUUGUUUUGAUGUUAACAGAUAUUAGUGUGGAGAUUUAAUCCAAGCACUUCAGAGGCAGAAUUAGGAGGGUCACCAUGAGUUCAAUGCCAACCCAAGAAUUCUAGGUCAGCCCGGGCUAGAGUGAAACCUUACGUCAAAGACAACAAGCAAAAACUGUGUGAUGU